AAAUGAUAGAGAAGAGACUGGAGCCGGUGCAGGAGGAGCAUGAGAGCUGUGAUUCACAUACGUCUGCUUCAGGAUGCACCCUUUUCUUGGGCUACACAUCCAACCUGAUCAGCUCCGGUGUGCGAGAGAGUAUCCGCUACCUCGCACAGCACAGAAUGGUAGAUGUGAUAGUGACCACAGCAGGAGGGAUUGAGGAAGACUUUAUAAAAUGUUUAGCACCCACUUACCUCGGUGAGUUCAGUCUAAAAGGCAAAGAGCUACGACAGCAAGGCAUUAAUAGAAUAGGUAAUCUCUUGGUACCAAAUGAUAAUUACUGUAAGUUUGAAGACUGGCUGAUGCCUAUUCUGGACCAAAUGGUGCUAGAACAAAAAACAGAGGGCACACACUGGACACCGUCCAAAAUGAUCCACAGACUAGGCAAAGAAAUCAACAACCCAGACUCCGUGUACUACUGGGCUUAUAAGAAUGACAUCCCAGUGUUUAGUCCCGCCCUCACUGACGGCUCAUUGGGUGAUAUGAUCUAUUUCCACUCAUAUAAGAACCCUGGCCUGGUGCUUGACAUUGUGGAGGAUAUCCGGAGGUUGAACAGCAAGGCUGUGUUUGCCAAGAGCACAGGGAUGAUCAUUCUCGGAGGAGGACUCGUCAAACAUCACAUCGCCAACGCUAAUCUCAUGAGGAAUGGAGCAGAUUUUGCGGUGUUUGUCAACACUGGUCAGGAGUUUGACGGCUCAGAUUCAGGCGCUCGGCCAGAUGAAGCCAUUUCUUGGGGAAAGAUCCGCAUGGACGCCUCACCUGUAAAGGUCUACGCUGAUGCUUCUAUAGUCUUUCCACUUUUAGUGGCUGAAACUUUUGCACACAACGCCAACAGGUUGAUCAAGGAAAAGAAGAGCGAUUGAAGGUGUUUUUCUCUUGUAAACCCUAUUUAAACGCUUCACCCCUCCUCGCGGUCUUCCUGAUUGCUUGUUUUUCAGUGCAGAUGGGUUUAAAGCUCUAUUUAAAUGCAUAAAAUCAUGUAUAGUUAUCCAUUUAAACAAACAAACAUCUUAGUUUCUUAUGGUCUUAGUGUACUAAAGUCUGGUAUAAUAUGUUCAAAAACAACUUUACAAGGUUAUCUUUAAAGUUGGAUUCUAUUAUUAUUAAUAUUAUUAUUUUUUUUAGUUUACUAGCAUUUAUGUUUAAUUUUGUACCUCUUUGAGGUGGUACAAUGUGUAUUUUAUUGUAUUGCAUCCCUCACUGUUAUGCACAACAUCUUAUGUGCUGUUUGUGUAUUUUAUUUUGUCUGUAUGUUUAUGCUCUCAAUUUUCAGAUGAAAAAAUGUAAAUGUCACCAUGGAGACUACAUUAUUUUUAUUAUUAUAUGACUGUUAAAACGCAUGGACAAUAAAUGAAUCAUCAACACCUA